AAAGGAAAAUGGCGACCGCAGAUGUGACAGCAUAUUUUGCUUGGCAUAAGUUUCCUGGGAAAUCGCACAUAUAGACAGACUGAGGGUUUGAAAUCUUAUCUGGGAGAUAGAUGGAAUAGCCUGUCUAUCGAUGAACAAGAAGAAGUUAUCGAUGACUACUUUGUGGACUCUGAAAUACGACACCAUUAUCGUAAUGAGGCGUCUGCUUCAGACUUUCCACCAUCCUUCCCCAAACUUAUGAUUCCCAAUGGGGAGAAGAUCAUGGUCGAUGAAAACGACUUGCGAACAUGGAGAGAUGCUCACUCAGGACCAUUUUCUUGGAAGAGCAAGAGCCAACAGGAUCUGACGUUGUCAGACUUUGAACCUGAGAAUCUGUACAAACCACCAACAAAAGGUAAAAAAACUAAAUCUGGCAGUACUGAAACUGAGGCUGAAGAGACUGUUCCUGAGAAUCUUGCUCCAGCACAGUUUGUUUACAGUGAGGAGAGGUGGACAAGUGAAUUACUGUCUGAAUACCAAACCCACCUGGACACUCGGACCAGCAAACCCCCAUCAAGGGCCAGCAGUCCCCUUGAAGAAGACAACCCAGCUUUUGAGGGAAGCGUGCAGGAUAUACGGGGAACACCUAGACAUGGAAUGUCAGAGUGUUCAGGGAGUAUCAUCAGUGAUCAGAGUCGCUCAGAACGCUCAGGUAGCGUGAUUAGUGAAUCUGUAGCGCAUUCAGAAACCUCAGAAAAGGCUAAGAAGACAAAAUCUCCAAUUCCAAAGAAAGUCACAUUUUCCAAGUCUGAAAUUGACAUUGAGACCACAGAAAAACUGAUCAUCAAAGAGACAGCAGACGAGACCAACAAUGCUUUCAGUAAUCCAGUAAUGGCAAAUGAAUGGUCCACAUUUGUUGGUCAGGAAUCACAGGACAUGCAAGAAGAAUCUAUUGAAGAAGAGCCAGCAACCGAUUUAAUAAACGAUUCUCAUCAAGAGCCAGUGGCAGAUAUUAUUGAGGCUACUCAUCAAGAGCCAGUGACAGAAGAACCCCUGGCAAUGACAAUGGACCGUGGUAUGGAGAGUUCGGACCAUUCUGUGGAGAGCACACCUGACCACACAGCCAAACUUCUGCCCAAUCAGCCAGACCUUAGCGAAGCAGAACAGGAAGAGGUGCUGUUUGUGGCAGUGGAGACCUCAGAUGAGAUGAAUGCAUCUGACCUGAGAAAGAGUGGAUUUGACUUCCUUGACAACUGGUAACAUGGCAACCCUCGACUGAGAAACAAACACCACAGAUCAGACACUACAAUUAAACUGUUAACUUGAAAUGUACAAAUCACUUCAAAACCAUAUUUACAAAAAUGAUGUUGAAACAUGUUUGAAGUGAAACUUCAACUGAACACUGUUAUCUGCUAGGUUUUAGGAUUUCUGAAAAUCUAUCUGAAUAUAUCAAUCUAAUCAGUAUUUGUUACUCUGAAUAUUCAAUAUACAGGACUUACAGCAUUUAUUAUUAGGCAUUGUACUUAUCGUUGAUGUGGAAAAGUGUGGCUUGGACGCGAUUUGAACAAAUACAGACUUUAUGUUAUAAUAAAGAAGGAUCAGCUCUAAAGAAGUUCUGGAUGACUGAGGUUUUAAUGGCAUGAGACAAAGGCAUCUUUUCCUGGUGGUUAUGGCACUUAUACCCCAGUUUGUUUAUGCAAUGACGUUUAACCCUCCACCAUUGGAACCUUUGAUGUUGUGCCUUGCUUCUCACAUGAUGAGAUUUCCACAACUUGUAGCCAUGGUAUUUAUGACACAUGUUGUUUGACUACACGUGCAAUAUGUCUGUGUUGAGGUAACUGAUCAAAAUGUUUACAUACAUAUACUGUGGUAUAUGUUGCUUGUUGUGAUACUGUAUUAAUUACCUGGAUAUGAGAGUCCUUUUACACUGUCUGCCUUGACUUUGUAGAAUUUCACAUUGUAAUCCUGAAGUGUCAGUCACAGUGUGCAGGUACACAUUGUCUUUAUGAUACUGUAUUACUGUAAUGCAUUAAGAUGUAGGAUCUGAAAUCAUGUCAAUAUAAGACACAACUCAUUUGGGAUAGAGUGGGUACAGAUGUUGAUUAUGUUAAUAUGGAGCUGUCAUAGAUAUACUGGACUCUGUUGUGGUACCUUUGGUGUGCAAGUUGAAAUAUUUAGUAGGAACAGAUCUCUGGAGACAUCUCUACUGCUGCCACAACUCCACAAUAUCAGCUGCUUAGCCCAUUACUCCUUGUGGGCCAUGGCUGAUCAUACAGCUUAAACAGAACAUAUAUGACUUGCCAUUUAACAUCUACUGAUACUCAGUAGACUUAGUUUCUGUGUAGUUAGUCUCUUUGACCACUUGAUAUAUUUGGCACAAUUAACUAACCAUUCACUAGAUAUCUACAGUAAUUAACAAUUUCAUUAAGAUCUCAUUUAUUUAGUAUGAUACUUCUCUGACAUCUCCAUUGAAGGUUGCUUCUGG